GAAAAGGAGCAUCUAAGGACUCCAGUCACUGAAAAACUAAUUCUGAAACCCAAGAAUGCAUAGAGUCCUCAUGGAGUAAGAAAAGACAUAGGACUGGUAAAUGUUACUAGCAUACCCCCAUUGCCAGUGGAAGCCCAAGCUGUGGGAGUCCUGGUGCCAACCUAGAGUACCUGAGACCAAGCGACAUGGUCAUGGACUAGCAGAGCCUUAAGACCCCAAGAUUUUUGGUCUGAACAACUGGAAUAAUGAAAUUGUCAUUGACCAAGAAAGGGAAGAUCAUGAGGAGGGCAGAGUUGGGUGUUGAGGAUUACUUGUAAGAGAUGAGGCACAGAAGACAGAAGGAGCUUUCCUGAAAGAUAGCAUGAACAGAAUGCUCCAAGAUCCAGAAGAUAUCACAGUGAGAAGAGACAUCCUCUGAGGUCCUUAUAGAACCAACGAUGCUCUGUUCGCUUGGUACAUUAGAGCUUGGUACAUAGAACAUGGCUAUGGUGCCACAUACUCAUCAGUCACAGCAACAGGAGAUCUUUUUUAGACUACUUGGAUGGUAGUGACUGUUAGCCUGGGGAAGCUGGAAUAAGAAAGGAGGAAUAUGAAGAUGUCACACUGGGAAUGUGAACAUCUGGGAGGCUCCAUUUGGAGAUCGGCAGACAAAACUGGCAAGACACUUGGAUGCUGAGGUCUUGUAAACAUAGUGUGGGAGGCAUUGUAAUUUGGGUAUCAAAAAUUAAAAGUGGUCUAAUUUUAUAUACAAAGACUGGUGAGGAUUUUUUCCAACCUCCUUACUAAGUACAGACUAAGAGUCUUGACCAAGAUUACCCAGGAAGAGGCCACGACUUGUGCAUCAGUAUUUUCAGUUCUAGGAAAUUAUAACAAUAUCAACUAAGAAAAUAAAAUAAAGCAAACAUCUUCUCUACCACUCAUCAGUCCACAGUUGGAACUGGAGAUAAAGCCAAGCACAACUCUAUCAGAAAACAAUAUUUCUCCCAAAUACAUGCUGCAGCCGUAAAGUACCAUAAAAGUCCAAUUCUUGGAGUGCCUACUGAUUUCUUACUGAGAAAUCUUCUUCUCUAUAAUCAUAGAUUAUCAGAAACACUUUUGUUGGAAAUGAUUUCAAUAGGGGGUCUCUGCACAUAACAUUUGACAAGGAUUACUUGUAAGAGAUGAGGCACAGAAGACAGAAGCAGCUUUCCUGAAAGAUAGCAUGAACAGAAUGCUCCAAGAUCCAGAAGAUAUCAUAAUGAGAAGAGACAUCCUCUGAGGUCCUUAUAGAACCAGCGAUGCAGGGAUUUGACAUCUAUUUUAACACUGUUUCCAAGAAAGGUCCAUUUCACAGUUCAGGACUGAUGUUGGCCUCUUUACAUACAGCAGUACUUUGCUUUGAGCCCAUCAAAAUUCUACUGCACCUAAACUCCACUCUUAACUCUUUUCCUUCCUUUCCUGAAACACUCCACAAUUCCUUUGAUGUGCAGUCCCCCACAUCACAAUGAGUCAGUAAACCUGACUUAUUUAGUCUACAGGUUUGUCCCACAGGGUCUCAGGCUGAUUGGGCCAGGAAAAGACCAUGUCUUAUAUUUUAGAGUCUCCUUUAAGCACACUAAAUUAUCUGUAUUUUAUCCUAUUUCAUAAGCAGAAGUAAAAAAGUGAUCUGAUUGCAAAUCAAAGGAUGUUUAUAGUUAAAACUUUCCAUGUGAUGAACAUAAAAAAUUCUUAAGACCAAAGAGAAAAAAAAAUCAGUCUUUAAAAUUAAAACAAAACAAAAUAAACAGACUUGGUUUCCUUUCACUUUGCUAAAACUCAGGCUGUGCCUCUUAGAAUACAACAAUGGUCACCAAGAGGGGGUUUUUCUCCCCAUUUAUAUGAUGAAGCAAGUAAUAUGACGUGACCACUGCAUCACUUGAGAGAUACUGAAAAAUUUGAAAUAUGAACCUCCAAAAACCUCCUUCCCAGUCCUCAUUCUUGACCUCCGACGUUGUUUUCUAUCUCACUGAAAAGCAGAAAAAAACAAAAACGAAAUAAAACAAAACAAAAUGGAAGAGAACAUGCUCCGACUCCCACCACUUCCUCCCACCCUCCCUGGAUUCCACCUGGAUACUGUUACUAUGGAUGACCUCUCUGUGCAUCUCACAAGGGCUAUCCCCUGUUCGCAUGCUAGAUCCCAUCUGCUCAUGCCCAUGCAAGGGCAUUGUUCCAGUACCUCUCUUCUUUUUUUCCCUGGUCGUCAUCAUCCAGGUCAGUCCCCAGGGAUCUCCACUCCUGGUAUCCAUGCCAUUAUGUAGUCUCUUCUCUCACUGAAUCAGGGAUGAACCGUGUGACCUAUAGAAUACUGCAGAAGCAAUGGUGUGUGACUUCAGAAGCUAUGUCAUAGAGGACAACGACACUUCCACCUUUUUGAAUUUUUCACCCUGGGAAAGCUGUACCUUGUCAUGAGAACAUUCAAGCAGUCCCUUGGGUAAGCCCAUAUGUGAAGAGGAACUGAAGUCUUCCACCACCAGCUAGACCCAGCUUGACAGUCAUAAGCUCUUGAAAAGGACAUCAAGUGUAAAGUGCACCGGCUCACUCUCAGACAGUACUGGAACCAUGAGCAGUAACGGAACAGACCUAACCAUUGGUUUCAUCUCCUCUUCUGUAGCUGUCCUUUUGUUUGGCUCAAACUUUGUGCCACUUAAAAAAUACGAUACUGGUGAUGGAAUGUUUCUCCAGUGGGUGCUUUGUGCUGCCAUAUGGUUGAUUGCCCUGGUGGUCAAUCUGAUAUUACAUUGCCCUAAAUUUUGGCCUUUCGCAAUGGUUGGGGGCUGCAUUUGGGCAACAGGGAACAUUGCUGUUGUCCCAAUUAUCAAAACCAUUGGUUUAGGCCUUGGAAUCUUAAUCUGGGGAUCAUUUAAUACCUUAACUGGCUGGGCAAGCUCAAGGUUUGGCUGGUUUGGAAUGGACGCAGAAGAAGUAUCAAAACCGGUGCUGAAUUAUGUUGGAGCUGGAUUAUCAGUAGUGAGUGCUUUCAUAUUUUUGUUCAUCAAAAGUGAAAUACCAAAUAACACGUGUUCUGUGGACACCACACCAUUAAUGACGGAUCAUGUGAUCAACAACACUCAAGAUUCCUGCCCUGAUUAUUCCUGGGUGGAUAAACUUUCCACAGUACAACAGCGCACAGUGGGCUGCAGUCUUGCAGUGAUAUCUGGAAUACUCUAUGGGUCUACAUUUGUGCCCAUCAUUUAUAUCAAGGACCACAGCAAAAGAAAUGACAGUAUAUACGCAGGGGCAAGCCAGUAUGAUUUAGACUACGUUUUUGCACACUUCAGUGGCAUCUUUUUUACAAGCACAGUCUAUUUUCUGGCCUACUGUAUAACCAUGAAAAAUAACCUUAAGUUAUAUCCUGAAGCAGUCUUGCCAGGAUUCCUGUCAGGAGUUCUUUGGGCAAUAGCCACCUGCUGUUGGUUCAUAGCUAAUCAUGCCCUCAGUGCUGUGGUCAGUUUUCCAAUAAUCACUGCUGGUCCAGGAUUUAUAGCUGCAAUGUGGGGUGUCUUCGUGUUUAAGGAAAUACAGGGUCUACAAAACUACCUAUUGAUGAUAUUUGCAUUUUUCAUCAUCUUGAGUGGAGCAUUAUGCACUGCUUUCUCUAAACUCUAACAAUCACAAGACCGGCAGAUGGCAGCAGUGGGUAAGAGAACCCUGCUACAGGACUCCGAGGGAUCAUGCUGAGAAGAGAGUUCAUUUUCUUAAAGCAAAUGGAUCUCAACCGGUCUGGGUAAAUGAUUUUUUUUUCCACAAAUGUGAGAAUAAAGGAAAACUAAGUUUCGGUCAAGUAUAAAAAUGGAAAAUUCUUCUAAUGAACUAUUUAUGAUGGUAGGACUUUACUGGGUGACUAAAAUGUCCGCCUUCUUACAGCAUUACAGCUGAGAGUGCUCCUUUUACCACAAUAUGUACUCGGGGUUGCAUAAGCAGCAAAACAGUGUGGAGUUCAUAUACACAAAGAAUUUUGUGUAUGUGAAAGUUUCCAACAUAUUACCAAGUUUCCAACAUAUUACCCUCGUUAAUGCAGAGAGGCAGAAAAAUGUUGGGGAGAGACCUUACCUUAUAAUGGAAUUAGAUUCCAAAGCUAUCUAGAUCCUUUGCCAGAAAAAGUAAACAUCAGAGUCAGUAACUGAAUAUGAAAAAGGCCAUUUCAUUUUUUGCCCAAACUUAUUUUUACUUCAAAUUAAUAUUGCUCAACUCUACGUCACCCCCUCAAAAUGCUUUUGAUCAUCUCCAGAUAAAAUCCACCUUCAGAGAACAAAAAUUUCCAACCAUUGAGAAUAUGUGUAUAAUACAUAUACAGACAUAUACAGUUACACGUAAAUACACACAUAUAUGUCUGUAUGAUUCCAAACUUGGGAGAAAUUCUACAGUUGCUAUAGUGAGGGUCUAGAUUAUUAGAAUAAGAAUUUGCAGGGACCAAACAUUUAUUUGUAUGUAAAAAAUUUUUUUUUCUGAAAUAUGCUUUUCUAAAAUCCCUUUUUAAACUGGAAGUUUUCUUCCACUUUUAACUGGUGGUUUUCAUUAGGGAAAAAAAACAAUGGACAUGUUAUUUAUAUAUAUAUAUAUUCAAAAGAGACAGAAUACCACUAACCCAAAUGGGUUUCAUCUUCAUUGUAUGACUUUGAAGAAGUUCCUGAGCCUCCUGUAUCAGAUUCCUCAUCUAUAAAAUGGACAUAAUGAUAAUGAUAAUAUAAUGUUAUUGUAAGGUUCAAAUUAAUUAAAAUCCGUAACAUGCUCAUGAGUAUCUGGCACUUGGCAAACAUUGUAUAAUUCUUAGCUAUAAUUGUUAUUUACUGUUUGAGCAAGAAAAUGUGUCUAUAGAUUGGAGAAUGUUUUGUAAGAGCUACUGCCCUCACCACCAACCUAAACAACAAAUUAUUAUUCAUUCCUGUAUUUGAGUGCAAUUUAAGUAAUGAUACUGGAGUCUCUAUUUCAUUAUUGAAUUCUUUGAUUGUAACACCUUACCAAAACUCAUUUUAAUUUUAACCUGAAAUAUUAAUUAUGUUGAUAACUUUAAAUAAAUUGACAUGGGGCACGCCUGGGUGUCUCAGUCCAUUAAGUGACUGCCUUCGGCUCAAGUCAUGAUCCUGGAGUCCCUGGAUCGAGUCCUGCAUCGGGCUCCCCACUCAGCAGGGAGUCUGCUUCUCCC